AUGGGAUCUGGUGGGGAUGGUCAGUGGUUCUCCAGGGCAAGCGAUUCGCUUGGCUGGGAACAACUUCUGGGUAAUCGCUACUAUCUCGAAAAGGAGCAAUUUUUGAUAGAAAUUCUGCACCAUGUCCACGAACCUCUCAUGAACGACCAAUGGCGAUUGUUGGGUGAACAGUUGGUUACUGACAAAGAUCAAUAUGUGAUUUUUAACGAUCGCAUGACUGCAUUUUUGGAGGCAUUCAGUAUGGGAAAGUUAUUGGAUCAGAAAGCCUACUACAACCCUCUCUAUGAGGAUCACUACCAGCAGACUCUGGGGCUUUACAAUUUUUUCUACAACACCAGGGAUUGGUAUACUUUGUGGCAAAAUAUCUGUUGGGCUCGCUUGCACAUGAACCCUGGCCUUUUUGUACAGGCUCUGACACAGGUCCUUCUGAAAAGGGACGACUAUCAGCCCCUGAUAAUGCCCAAGAUUUAUGAACUAUGGCCAGAGUCCUUUCUCGAUAUGCAGACUGUAAGAGAGGCUAGAAAUUUUAAUUUUGCCAACUGGAUAAGGGAAGGAAACAUGACAGAUUUUAAGGAAGUGCAUCCUCUAGAAAUGGAACCCCUUGAAGUGGAUGGGGAUUUAAGAAAUACCCCAGAAUGGCUCAAAGCCAUGGCCGGUGUAACUAUUUUUAGAAUGAAACAAAGGCCAAGUGGAAAUAAACUUGGAUAUCUAGUUGAGGAUGUUGACUGGCUGGCUUAUUGGUAUUAUCUUAAUACAGGCAUUAACCUAGUUGAAGAUAAAUCAGACCAAUUUCAGGAAUGGUGGUACUACCAAUUGGGCCAGAUUCUAGCACGUUACAAACUUGAACGGUAUGGCCAGAAGAUGUCCUACGAAAGGUUACAAUUCAUAAAGGAUGAAAGAAACUCUCAGCUUAUAUCCUGGCAGAAUUUAAGAUUUUCCCCUGAAAAUCAAAAAACAACAAACGACAUAAACGAUUAUCUGGAAAGGUUAGAGUCAAUGGUAAACGAGGCCAUUACCUCACAAAGUCUUCUUUUGAAAAAUGGAACUUUUAUUGAUUUGUCAAUAAAUAAUAAUUGGCUCAUUGGGCUGAAGGAACUCUUUCCCUAUGAAUGGACACAGUUUCAAAUGGAUACAGCAAACCAACCUCAACUUCUAUUGGAUCUACGGACUGCGUUAAGAUCAGAAAACUUUUACUAUUACGCCGAUCGAUUACUGCAACUAUAUCGUUGUUAUAAUGAGCAUUUUCAACCAUCCACCGAGAGGAGUUUUAUACCAACCAAUCUCAAAAUAAAUGAUGUAAAAGUUAGUCCAUUGAUUACCUUUGAUCAGCCUGUGGAUAUAGAUCUCAGUAAUCUUCUGCACACCAGACACUUUCACUUUGGAGGCCAGUUUCUGUGGCCUUUCACCCUCCAACAGCGGCAGUUUCGACUUCAGCAGAAGGACUUCAGCUAUACCCUUCAAGUCUCAAGCAACAUUACCAAAUCAACUAUAUUUAAGAUAUACCUAACUAUACCGGAAGGUAAAUCUAUCAACCGGCAGCCUUUCUAUCUUCUAGAUUCUUUUCUGACAAUGAUCUACCAGGGUGACAAUCGGAUUACAAGAAAUUCUCUGGAUUUCAAGGGUUUCGUGGGCGAUCACAUUUCAUUAACAGAACUAAAUCAGUUUGUGAAAUUGGCGCAAAACGAGGAGUUCGACUUUCCCUUGAAUAUAUCUACUGCGAAUUGUGGAUUUCCCAGGCGGUUGAUUUUACCACGCGGGGGUCUAGGAAAUCCCUUAAAAAUGCGUCUAUUUAUCGUGGCCACCAGUUAUGACUUUAAAGCCCAGCAAGGAAACGAAUUGAAUUGUGAUAUCACCAAAGGAAUCAGUCGAUGGGAUGAGCUGCCAUUGGGUUAUCCUUUUGAGCGAUAUCUGGAAGAGGAUCACCAAGCGGAGGAGGUCUUCGGAAGCCAUGUACUCUGGAAGGACGUUGAGAUCUGGCAUGAAGAUCAUUUGGCAUGAGUUCU